AUGGCUCUGCUUCACGAGGGCCUGGACGAACUGCCCGCCGCCUGCCUGUCACCGUGCGGGCCACCCAACCCGACCGAGCUGUACAGCGAGGCGCGGCGCCUCGCGCUCGAGGAGCUGGUGGCCGGCGGCCCCGACGCCUUCUCCGCCUUUCUGCGACGCGAGCGCCUGGGCCGUUUCUUGAACCCCCAUGAGGUGCGCUCCAUCCUGCGAGCGGCCGAGCGGCCGGGCGAGGAGGGCGCGGCGGCGGGGGCCGAGGACUCGUUCGGCUCUUCGCACGACUGCUCGUCCGGGACCUACUUCCCCGAGCAGUCGGACCUGGAGCCCCCGCUGCUGGAGCUGGGCUGGCCCGCCUUCUACCAGGGCGCUUACCGCGGCGCCACGCGCGUCGAGGCGCACUUCCAGCCCCGCGGCGCGGGCGCCGGCGGCCCCUACGGCUGCAAGGACGCGCUGCGCCAGCAGCUCCGCUCGGCGCGAGAGGUGAUCGCCGUGGUGAUGGAUGUUUUCACAGACAUCGAUAUCUUCCGAGACCUGCAGGAAAUAAGUCGGAAACAAGGAGUUGCUGUAUACAUCCUGCUGGACCAGGCCCUGCUCUCUCAGUUUUUGGAUAUGUGCAUGGAUCUGAAAGUGAACCCUGAACAGGAGAAGUUGAUGACGGUUCGAACUAUUACAGGAAAUAUCUACUACGCAAGGUCAGGAACUAAAAUUGUUGGAAAAGUUCAUGAAAAGUUCACCCUGAUUGAUGGCAUUCGAGUAGCUACAGGCUCCUACAGCUUCAUGUGGACAGAUGGCAAACUGAACAGCAGUAACUUGGUCAUCCUGUCGGGCCAAGUGGUUGAACACUUUGACCUGGAGUUCCGCAUCCUGUACGCGCAGUCCAAGCCCAUUAGCUCCAAACUCCUUUCCAACUUCAGGAUCAGCGGCAAGUUUGACCAUCUGGUUGACUGGAAACCGCUGUCCAAGGAGCUCACGUUGGGCAGCCUGCUGCGGCUGCGGCUGGCCAGGCUCUCCAGCACUCCCAGGAAGGCGGAUCUGGAGUGCCAGGCACGUGCUGAGGGCAGGGCGGGUGCGUGGCACCACGACUCCCGGUCCUCCGUCACCAGUGAGGAAGACUUUAUCAACAGCCACAAGGAAGAAGCAGCGGGCGGGAAGGUGAUCGACGCCGCCACCCAAACAGAGCCUGGAGAGGAGGCGCCGGUGGUGAGCCUGAGCGACGCUGGGACACAAACCAGCACCACCACUGAGUGCGCUGGGACCCAGACCGCAGUCGCCACCAGGGUGGCGAGCUCCCAGACUGUGGUUCGGUCCAUGCCAGCCACCACCCAGACCGAUGUGGACGAAAACGUUCUCUCUUCUCAGGAAACCCAGUCCAAAGAAGGGUCCCCAGUGUCAAGGAUGUCUGUGUCGAGGUCUUCCAGCUUGAGGUCUUCCUCCUCUCUGUCUUCCCAAGGCUCUGUGGCAAGCUCCAUCAGCUCCCAGACCUCCCUCAGAACCACUGACUUCAUCACUCCUGGGCACCCCAAGUACUGGAGCACCCCCCACCUGGAUCUGUGCUUGAGAGACUCAUUCAGAAACCUGAAUAAAGAGCGGCAGUUUCACUUGGUUGGCAUCAGAUCCCGGCUCAACCACAUGCUGUCCAUGCUGUCCAGGAGGACUUUCCUUACUGAAAACUACCUUAGUUUCAAUUCUGGAAACGUUUCCAGAGCAGCAGCUAACCUGCUGACUAUCAGAGAUAUCCCACUGUAUCCCUCCUACCAGUGACUGCCCGCCCGCUGCGCCUGGUUCCAUCCAGGCUGCUGCGGAUACUGCCAGGCCGUCUGCCCGGUAGCCGGUCUCAUGCCCAGGGGCCUUUCUUUCACCAACAUUUAAUCACUUUGAUUCUCUUUGAACUCUGUA